CCUCUCCCUUCCCCCCCCCCCUCUCCCCCCCCCCCUCAUGCGUGUGUUUGUGUUUUUGUUGUUGUGUUUGGCCCUAUAGACUUCACACUCGUUGAAUGCGGUGCGGUGCCUCUCGUUAUCUCAUCACUACCUAUCACUCGUUAUCGGUCCAUCUCUCCGGCGAUCCCUCACCACCACCAACACUGAACGCACACGACCUCGGUCAGACGGACGCGGCUUUCCAUCUGAUUUAAUUGGAUUGUCUUCCAACUUCUUGCUUCCAUCCCAUUGUAUCAUCACCACGGGUUUGACACGAGUGUCGUCUUCCUGGUUUGCCGGCCGGUAGUCCUCCCGGGUCGCCCCCCGACCUUCGCUUUCCAGCAUGAAGUGGGCAUUUUCCGGCACGCUGCUCGCCUGGUUUGCAACAACAGCAGCAGCCUGGCCCUACGACGAGGCCCUCGUCGACUACAACUUCAACCAGAACCAGGCGGCCACCAACCCCGCCGAAUACACAGGAACAUGGCCCAAUCACACCGGGGACUAUUUCCCCUCCCCGGACAACUGGCGGUUCCCCGUCUACACCCUCUUUCUCGACCGCUUCGUCAACGGCGACCCGACCAAUGAUAACAUCAACGGGACCUUGUUCGAACACGACCUCUCCUCCAACCAGAUGCGUCAUGGUGGCGAUGUGGCUGGCUUGGUGGAUACCUUGGACUAUUUGCAGGGCAUGGGGAUCAAGGCCCUGUAUCUCGCCGGUACGGUGCUGAUGAACCAGCCCUGGGGGUUUGACGGUUAUUCGGCGCUGGAUACGACCUUGCUGGACCAACACUACGGUAACUUGCAAACCUGGCGCGAUGCCAUCACGGAAAUCCACAAGCGCGGCAUGUAUGUCAUUUUCGACAACACCAUCGCAACAAUGGGGGACUUGAUUGGUUUCGACGGCUAUCUGAACACCACCACCCCUUUCUCGGUCAAGGAACAUCAGACGCAGUGGAAGACGGACCGCCGCUAUGUGGACUUUGACAUUGGCAAUACGUACAACGCCACAUGCGACUAUCCCACUUUCUGGUUUGAGAACGGCUAUCCCGUCCAAGCGACGGUCACCGAAGAGCUCGUCGGGUGUUACGACAGUGACUUCGACCAGUAUGGUGAUAUCGAGGCCUUCGGUGUGUUCCCGGAUUGGGAACGUCAGUUGGCCAAGUUCGCCUCCGUGCAGGAUCGACUGCGCGAAUGGUACCCCUCGGUGCGAGAGCGCUUGAUCCGUCACUCCUGCAUGAUCAUCGAGUCGCUCGAUAUCGACGGCUUCCGGUACGACAAGGCCACGCAGGCGACUGUGGACGCGCUCGGCGACAUGUCCAGCGCGUACCGCGAGUGUGCCCGCGCCGUGGGCAAGGAGAAUUUCUUCAUCGCCGGUGAAAUCACGGGUGGUAACACCUUCGGUUCCAUCUAUUUGGGCCGCGGCCGGCAGCCAAACCAGUACCCGGACACGGCCGAGGCGGCCAUGAAGCUUACCAACACCUCGGAUGCCCAGUAUUUCCUGCGCGAGGCCGGCCAUGAGGCCAUUGACGGCGCGGCCUUCCACUACUCCAUUUACCGCGCCCUGACCCGUUUCCUGGGGAUGGACGGUAAUCUGGCGGCGGGUUACGAUGUCCCGGUCGACUGGGUGGAUGCCUGGAACCUCAUGCUGCAGUCGAACGAUCUGAUCAAUCCCAACACGGGCAAGUUUGACCCCCGCCACAUGUACGGGGCCACCAACCAGGAUGUCUUCCGCUGGCCGACGGUGGAGAAGGGCGUGGAGAGACAGUUGCUGGGGCAGUAUAUCACUACCCUGCUGCUCCCCGGCGUUCCCCUCCUCCUCUGGGGUGAGGAACAGGCCUUUUACAUCCUCGAUGCCACGGCCGCGAACUACAUUUACGGUCGACAGGCCAUGUCGCCCGCCACGGCCUGGCGGGAUCAUGGCUGCUUCUCCCUGGAUUCCUCGCAGUACUACAACUGGCCCAUCGAGGCGGGCCGGAAUGGAUGCCAUGACCCCACGGUGGCCUACGACCACCGGGACCCGUCGCAUCCGGUGCGCAACAUCAUCAAGCACAUGUACCAGAUGCGCGAGCAGUUCCCCGUGCUCAACGAUGGUUAUACCAUUCAGAAGCUCUCCAACAUGACGGAGGAGGUGUAUUAUCCCGGUUCCAACGGCACCGCCACGGAGACGGGCCUGUGGUCCAUCCUGCGCGACGUCAAUGCGGAUGUGCAGGAUCUGGGCUCCGAUGCCAACAACCAGCCCAUCUGGCUGGUCUACCACAACACCAACCGCACCAUCGACUUCAAAUUCGAUUGCCAGGACAAUGACACGGCCCUCAUCUCGGCGUUUCCCUCGGGCACCCGGGUCAAAAACCUGUUCCACCCGUACGACGAGCAGGAACUGAUUGCUAGUCCCGUCAAGCUGGGCCUGAAUGGAUCCACCGAGUACAACGGCUGUUUGGCCAACAUGACCCUGGACGCCUAUGAGUUUCGUGCCUACGUGCCGAUCGCGAGCUUCGUCAAGGCGGGCCCGAUGCUCACCAAGUUCACGCCCGGCCAUGAUUACCCCCUCCGGUCGACCGUGGCCCCGAACGCGGAUGAGAACGUGAACAUCGAACUGUAUUUCUCCGAGGCAAUGGAUUGCGACUCCGUGACCCAGUCCAUCUCCAUCAACUCCUCGACCGAGAUCGGCAAGGCCCCCUCGGUGGAUUCGACCACGGUCAGCUGCAAGAACAUCACCGCCACCAACACCACGUUGACGGGACAGAUCCCCAGUGCGUGGAUGUGGACGGCGAACCUGACGGGCGUUUAUAACGGCGUGCAUCGCAUCACGGUCAACAACGUCAGCACCGCCAGUGGAAACGAGACCACGAACGCGGUCGACCAUCUCCUCUUCCGGAUUGGCCAGAUCGAUAACCCCAUGAUCUUCACCACCGCCAAUUACUCCAGCAGUCUGCUCCACGAGGAAUCCAACGGCACCCUGUUCAUCCAACACCACGCCGCCGGUGCCGACAAAUAUCGGUACUCGACCAACUGGGGUACCACCUUCUCGGACUGGAUGCCCUACCAGGGUGGUAACGACACCAUUGAGAAGCUCGAAUGGUCGGGCACCAAGAAACAGGCCUGGAAAGGCAACCACGUCCGCGUGGAGUACUGGAGCCGGUGGACCGGCAGCAGUGAUUACGUGCAGGAGGGCGACUCGGGCUGGGAUGAACAGGUCCCGCGUCGUUUCCCCCACGUCUUCUUCAACGGGCCCUACAACCAGUACGGCUACGACGCCGGUCUCGACAACGUCGUCCGACAGGACAGCGUGGACGGCAUCUGGAAGUACCACUUCACCGCCGAAUGGCCGGCCCAAGCCCAGUUGAACAUCUGGGGUAUGAAUCCGGACGGCAAGCCCGACCAAAGUUGGGUGCUGGGUGACGCUGACAACGAUUCCGUUCUCGACCGCAUGCCGCCUUCCUCUCUGUCCGCGACGCUCAUCAAUAUCACGGAGCACCCGCCUUCGCCCUACAUCUCCUGGAAUAUCUUCAUCGACGAUGGGACCAUGCGAUUCCAGCUCUUCCCGGUCGGCCACCAGAAUACCCAGAUCGCCAUGUUUGUGCUCUUCUGGAUCGUGCCGGUCGUCACGGGCGCCUUGGGCGUGUGGGCGUUCAUGAAGUCUUUCUACAAGGUCAAGUUCAACCAGGUCGGUGUCAGCGAGAAACACCAGAUGAUCCCGUUGGCGUUGCGCCGCAAGUUCAAGCGGUCCCGCAAAGGGGAUGAUGAAAACUCGAACCCGCUGAUGCGCCUGGCCAACAAGUCCGGAUUCCUGCAGGCCACCACGGCCAUCGGCGGGGCGGCCAGCGGCAAGCGCCGCAUGGUCCUGAUCGCCACCAUGGAAUACGACAUCGAGGAUUGGGCCAUCAAGAUCAAGAUCGGUGGUCUUGGUGUCAUGGCGCAACUCAUGGGUAAGACUCUGGGCCACCAAGACCUGAUCUGGGUGGUCCCCUGCGUGGGCGGCGUCGAUUACCCCGUGGACAAACCGGCCGAGCCCAUGAAUGUGACCAUUCUGGGCAACUCCUAUGAGGUGCAGGUCCAGUACCAUGUCUUGAACAACAUCACCUACGUCUUGCUCGAUGCCCCUGUGUUCCGUCAGCAGUCCAAGUCCGAACCCUACCCGGCCCGCAUGGACGAUCUCAACAGUGCCAUCUACUACUCCGCCUGGAAUCAGUGUAUUGCGGAGGCCUGCAAGCGGUUCCCCAUCGACCUCUACCAUAUCAACGAUUAUCACGGUUCCCUGGCCCCACUGUACCUGCUCCCCGAGACCGUCCCCGCCUGUCUGUCCCUGCAUAACGCCGAAUUCCAGGGUCUGUGGCCGAUGCGGACCCAGAAGGAAAAGGAGGAAGUGUGCUCCGUGUUCAACCUCGAUAUCGAACACGUCCGGCAUUAUGUGCAAUUCGGUGAGGUGUUCAACUUGCUUCACGCGGGUGCCAGUUAUCUGCGGGUGCACCAGCAGGGUUUCGGUGCCGUCGGUGUGUCCAAGAAGUACGGUAAGCGCUCCUACGCGCGUUAUCCCAUUUUCUGGGGUCUCCGCAAGGUGGGCAAUCUGCCCAACCCGGAUCCCUCCGAUGUGGGUGAAUGGAGCAAGGAACAGGCCGCCGCCAUGAGCAACGACAUCCAUGUGGAUCAGGACUACGAGGCCGGCCGUGGUGACCUCAAGCGCCAGGCCCAGGAAUGGGCCGGUCUCGAGCAGAACCCCGAUGCCGAUCUGCUGGUCUUUGUUGGUCGUUGGUCUAUGCAGAAGGGUGUGGAUCUGAUUGCCGAUGUCAUGCCCGCGGUCCUCGAGGCGCGCCCCAAUGUGCAGUUGAUCUGUGUCGGCCCCGUCAUCGAUCUCUACGGGAAAUUCGCCGCCCUCAAGCUCGACCACAUGAUGAAGGUCUAUCCCGGCCGCGUGUUUUCCCGCCCCGAGUUCACGGCCUUGCCUCCCUAUAUCUUCUCGGGUGCCGAAUUCGCGCUGAUUCCCUCGCGUGAUGAGCCCUUUGGUCUGGUUGCCGUCGAGUUUGGUCGUAAGGGAGCUCUGGGUAUCGGUGCGCGUGUCGGUGGUCUGGGUCAGAUGCCUGGUUGGUGGUACAAUGUCGAAUCCACCGCCACCUCCCAUUUGCUGGUUCAAUUCAAGCUGGCUAUUGAUGCGGCGCUGAGUUCGAAAACGGAAACCCGUGCUAUGAUGCGCGCCCGCUCGGCCAAACAACGUUUCCCCGUGGCCCAGUGGGUCGAAGAUUUGGAAAUCCUGCAAACCACGGCCAUCCAGGUGCAUAACAAGGAAUUGGUCAAGUCCCACGGUCGCCCCUUCACCCCAUCGGGCACGACGACGCCCGGGGGCAUCUUGAGUCAGCCCGCCAGUCCCUUGAUGCCGCCCGGCAUCCAAACUCCGAUGGCGCAUUCUCGGGACAGCAGCUAUUCUAACCUGAACCGCUUGAGUGAAUACGUCGCCGACCCCAAGACCAACUACAGCCGAGACGUCAGCCCCAGUGGCACCGAAAAGCCGAAAUCGGGUCUGCACCGGCAACUGUCCCUGGGUGUUCGCUCGGGUCCCGGUCAUCAAGACCGCCGGGGCCGUCGUGGCCGCCAACGUGACAGCAUCCCCGAGCACGAGGACACCGCUGGAGGCAUGACCGAUGUCGAGGAAGACCGCGAUGAUGACAUCGCCGAGCAUCCCGAUGCAGACGACGAGUACACUCUGACCGCGGCCCAGGUCGAGGAAGGCCGCCGCCUGCAGGCCGUUCAGCAACAGGGAGGUGGCCUGCCGACGAGUCCCGGUGCCAACCGUUACAGUCAAGACUCGAUGCAUCCCCGAUUCAACCAGCCCCCCGCCAGUCCCGGUCCCAUCCCCACGCCCUCCCAGAGUCUCCUGCCGCCGCCCCGGCUGCUCGAGGCGGGUAGCCGGCUCAGUAGCGCGUCCGUUCUCUCCCUGGAUUCGGUCGUCGGGACCAAGACGGACUUUAAGCUGCAAAAGGUGGACCCCUUCUUUACCGAUUCGACCGGCGAGUACUACAAGGCUUUCGACAAGCGGCUGGUGGGCCUGAACGGGGCCAACUCCGAGUCGCAGCUCUGCAUUGAAGAAUAUCUGAUCAAGAGUGAAAAGGAAUGGUUCGACAAGUUCCGCGACGCGAGACUCGGUCGCCUCAAGUCCCCGGCCUCGUCCAUCUUCCGGGACAAGCACGGCGCAUCGCCCGUGGGCUCGUACUACGAUGAUGCCGGCUCGCACGUGAGUGGCGACGACAACAGUGAAUCCCGCGACACCGAGGACGACGAAUUCCUCCUGGGCAAGGACUAUGUCCCUCCCACGGGCCUGAAGAAAUGGAUGCAGCUUCGGAUCGGAGACUGGCCGGUUUACUCGUUGUUCCUCGCCCUGGGGCAGAUCAUUGCUGCCAACUCGUAUCAGAUCACCUUGCUCACGGGCGAGGUUGGUGAGACGGCCGAGAAGCUGUAUGGCAUUGCCACCACCUACCUGAUUACCUCCAUCCUCUGGUGGCUGGUGUUCCGGUACUUCAAGUCAGUCGUGUGCCUCUCCGCCCCCUGGUUCCUCUACGGUAUUGCCUUUAUUUUCAUCGGCUCGGCCCAUUGGGAGGGCGACUCGUUCACCCGGGGGUGGAUCCAGAACGUCGGCAGUGGCUUCUACGCCGCCGCUUCGUCGAGCGGGUCCAUCUUCUUCGCCUUGAACUUUGGUGAUGAGGGUGGUGCCCCGGUGGAAACCUGGAUCUUCCGGGCCUGCCUCAUUCAGGGCAUCCAGUCGGCUUAUAUUAUCGCGCUGUGGUAUUGGGGGUCGACGCUGAGCAAAGCGUCCAGCGAUGGCCUGUUGACCACGACGAGCAACAUCGCCAACACCUGGAAGAUGACGUGAGUAUUCCCCAGACCGUCGGAUCCUUCGACUUCGCUCACUGAGACAUCCUAGUGCCAUCUGUUACCCGAUUGCGGUCUUCCUCUGGGCCGUCGGGUUGCUUUUGCUCUUCGGACUUCCCAACUACUACCGCCAAACCCCGGGCAAGGUCGCCU